AUGUCGAGCAGAAAUUUGAUCAAAGAAAUGGUCAUCCUUGGAGUUGAGAGCGCAGUGUCAGGACUCGAAAGAAUGGAGUCAAUUCGCAGCAACGACGCGCUCUUUGUUGAUCCAGGGAUGAUUCCCGUAUCUAAUACGGCGUGGACGACGGAGCAUUUGUCGCCAAAAGUCAAUAGCUCGUCCGUGAUGGAACGCUACCCUUGCAGUGUCCGAGACCGCUGGAGUGGUCAGAGCAUCGCCAGGGAGGUUCCCAAAGCAAUCCUAGUCUAUCCGUAUCGAAUGCUUGGGAGCCAUUUCGACAGGAUCCCGCAGGCACCAAGACAAGGAAGCCAGGGGAUGGCCGAGGAUGAUCUUAGUAAUAAUGGACAAUCACGGAGCGUGACGCCGUCGACGGCAAGGUCAGAGGCGGGAAACCUCUGCGUUGGAUACAAGCGGGCCGUUUAUCGUUCUUUCAUCACAUCAAGCACUCCCUCCGCUUUGUCUGCGAGGCGCGCUUCCCACGAGCAACGCAAUGUAACUCGGUCGUGGAACACUGUCCAGAGUGCCGGUUCUCGCUGCACUGCGCUUUCAGCAAUCCAAGAAGGCCCAGCAAGCCUUCCUAACCGACGUUCGAGAAGAGACGAAGAAUCGUGGGGAAGAUGGAGACACUCGCUCGCAACCAGGAUCUCCCUCGUUCCGCUAGUGCGCGAUGGCCGGCUGAGAUUGGGCAAAUGGCGGCCAAGGAUCGUUGAGGAUUCCCGCGAUGCCAUCAGGAUGCCCGAGAUAACGUCCCAAUGGUGGCCAAAGGAGAGGGUGGAUGCCACCGUCUCGCGUGACUAUGUCCUGAAGACCCUCGAUCCUGCGUUUCAUCCGCGGCUCAAUUGGUUUCUCUCCUUUGGCGAGAGCCUGACGGACGAUACCUACAUCGACUGGAUCCUUGAACGGGCCCGGAAGCUGUAUCUUGUUUUACUGGAACUCAACCUGCAGAGCCGGAUAUUCCAGCUGAUCGAUAGCGGCUACGAUGAUGAAGACCUCCCCAUCACCAGAGAGAACACUGCCAAUCUUCGCCUCGCCGCCCCUGUCAAGGAUGUCUUCUCGGACUUCAGGUUUGCCGGCGUACAGAGCCGGUUCUUGGUACGAUCGAUCCCUGAGGGUGAGCAUGUGGUCUUCCACGAAGAGGAGCCAUUGCCCGUGGACGCCCCCAAGCAGCAGAGACUGCCCAUCCCCUUCCCGGAGUCUAUUCAGAUUGAUAGCGUUGUCCACGCUUCUACAGAUUGCCGGGAAUUACUGCGCUUGAGCAUUGCCCUUCCGGAGGAACCGUACUAUCGGGAUGAAAACGAAAUCCUUCGGGAAGUCAAGGCUUUGCGACCACUUGCUCAUGAGCACGUUAUCUCCGUCUUUGGCUCCUACUCUGUGGGCGACACUGUCAAUGUACUGUUGUCUAACGCACCAGAAUACACAUUCAAAUCCUUCCUCGCCGAUCGGCCAAGUUCUUUCAAACGCCUACCAAAGAAUACACAACAGUCUGUGCUCCUGAAUUGGCCCCAUUGUCUGGCUAGUGGGCUCGCAUGGCUUCAUGGUCACAAUCAGUGUCACGGUGCCAUUCGCCCGUCCAAUAUCUUCAUAGACGCAGACCAUCACAUUCGCCUAGGAUUCUUCGACGUGUUUGACCCGUUGAUCCCGCAGAAACAACCAAACGAUAUCGAAUCAUAUCAAACUCCUAUGCUUCGAACCCUCCUUCGUCGCGGCCAAAUACAGCUAGGAAAGAGGAUCAUCUCCCUGGUUGGUCUCCGGUAG